AUCAAGAAUUCAAUCCCAACGUAUCCCCCAGCUUCUGUAUGAAGCCAGUGAUAAAAAAAACUGCCAAUAACUGAUCAGCCGAGCUCGACGCGGCAUUUAAAAUUCCCGUGUUCACAUUAACAUCUAUAAAUUGUCCGUUCAAUCGCCAAUUAACGAUUCUGCCAUUUGAUCGGCACACUGCACCGGAAAUUUAAUGGAUAGAGCCAGGCUUUGUCUGGCACCGGUUGUCCUGGUUGGUCUGGGGACCCUAUUCAUCAGUUUACGAUGGCUGUGGGGCAAAAGGAAGGCUCGACCUCCCACACUCUGGAGAAAAGUCGGAGAGAUCGCCGAGAUUUUUGUUUUUCCGGUUAAAUCACUGGGUCCGGUUCGAUUAGACGAAACUGAGUGCACCAUCGUCGGGUGCAAAUCAGGGUGGCUCAGGGAUAGGAGCUUACUGGUUGUGGAUGAUGGGGGGAGGUUCGUUACCGCCAGGAAGUGCCCGAAGAUGGUUCAGAUCAUCCCGAGUGUCUCUAGUUCCAUUCUGUCCCUGAGUGCCCCGGGAAUGAGAGCAAUUAGUGUGGAUCUGUCAAAAGUGGAAAAGAAAAUGAAAGUUGUGAUCUGGGGUGACACAGUGCCCUCGAACGAUUGUGGCGAGGAGGUGGCGAAAUGGCUAUCAAGAUACGUCUUGGAGAGAGACUCGGGUGUCAGGCUGGUGUACUACCCCCUCGACGCGUCCUCCAGGACCGUCAGCAGGGUCAACAAGGCCUUCCACCCGUUCGACACAUCGGACCUCGGAGUUUUCACUGAUGAAACGAGCUACGCCCUGAUGAAUCAGGCUUCAGUCGAUGAUUUGAACACUAAAUUGGAAGAGCCGGUGGACCCGCUGCGGUUCAGACUCAAUUUUACGGUUACGGGAGCCCGAGCUUAUGAAGAAGACACCUGGGAUUGGGUUAAAAUCGGAUCAGUGACGUUUAGAAACGUCAGACCCUGCAGUCGGUGUCUCAUGACUACUAUCAGCCCAGAGACCGGUGAAAAACAUCCCAAGGUGGAGCCCUUGGAAACUCUCAAGAAGUAUAGACAACCUGAAGACCCUGUUAUGAAGUCCCUAGUGGGCACAAGCCCAAGUUUUGGUAUUCAUUUAGGUCUGAAAAGUUCGAACGGAAUAGUCCGAGUGGGCGAUCCAGUUUACGUUGGAUGAACUCAUGUGCAAAAACUAUCCGAAUCAAUGCAUGAACAAAUAAACAUGAGAAAAAAAUUAAUAAAAGUCUGAUGUUCAA